UAAUUUUAUUCAUUUAGUCGUUCCCCUACUUUUUUCCUCUCUCCUAUUUUCGCCGCCAGCCUCAGUGACCUCACCGGCCCCCAUACUUUCUUCGUUCUGUUGUUGUUUCCCAUUCCUCGGUUCCCUUACCAUAAAGCCAUUUUCGACUAUUUCCCUCCCCCGCCGCCCAUUUUUAUUCCUUUUCUCUCAUAGCUUCAUCCUCUCGUGAGGCAUCUGUAGUUUCUCCCAUUCUUCUUCUCAACAAGGUACCAACACCUCACUCUUCCUUCUCCUCCCACUUCUUACACUCAUGUCUAUCUUCUUUCGCACACUCCUUCUCCUUAGAUCUCCAUCCUCAGUCUUUUCUCACGGAUUUUCCGAAAGUCCGUUGAAAUCUCUCACAUACUUAUCCACUUCUUCUGAGAUUGUAUCAUCUCCGGAAUCUGCUUCGUUGGCUUCUAAUGCUGUUCAGCUCGAGAAUAAUGGGAAGGCUGUAAUUGCGUUACUUGCGAAUCAUGGAUUCUCUCAAUCACAAAUCUCUUACCUUGCCAACAGGUAUCCUCAAAUUCUUUCUGCGAAUCCCGAGAAAACCCUGUUGCCCAAAUUGUUGUUUUUUCAAUCUAAAGGUCUUUCUUCCCCAGAGAUUUUCGAAUUAGUACGUUCAGAUCCUUGGGUUUUGGGAGCAAGUAUAAACAAACGAAUUAUUCCAGCCUUUGAUUACAUUCAAGCCGUGCUUGGAAGUGAGGAGAAGACUCUCGCCACCAUAAAACAGUUCGCGGGUAUUCUCUCUAAGGAUCUUCGGAUUUCUGUUGGUCCCAAUAUUGAAAUUCUGAAACAAAUUGGAGUGCCGGAUUCAAGUAUUUUAAAAUAUUUUCCGUACCAGCCUAGAGUGUUCUUGACAAAUUCCAUCCGAUUCAAGGAGACCGUAGAGAGAGUUGCGGAAAUGGGAUUCAACCCUCAACAAACGCAGUUUGUUGUUGCUGUUUUUGCUCUGCGAUCAAUGACCAAAUCUACAUGGGAUAAGAAGGUUGAAAUUCUUAGGAAAUGGGGAUUGUCUGAAGAAGAUAUCCGUUUAGCUUUUAGAAGGAAUCCCUGGUGUAUGAGAGUUUCUGAGGAUAAGAUUAAUGGUGCGAUGGAUUUUUUUGUCAACAAAAUGGGAUGCGAAUCAUCUUUCGCUGCUAGAAGACCAGUUUUACUUUCAUUUAGUUUGAAGAAGAGGAUUUUGCCUAGAGGCUAUGUUUAUCAAGUUUUGCUGUCGAAGGGUUUGAUUAAGAAAAACGAAAAUCUUGGUUUGUUCUUUGAGUCUCCUGAAAAGCGUUUCAUAGAAAAAUACAUCAACCCUCGUAAGGAACAGAUUCCUGAAUUGUUGGAGUUGUAUAAACAGAAAUUAAUGGAGUCUAGAAGAUGAACAGGUUCGAUCUCCUUGAAAUGUUAAUAAUUAAACUGUUUGUUGUUUGUUGAAAUGUGUAGUGACAAAGUGGCAACUAAAAUUUAUAUAUGUUAGAGACUGUGUUUCUACAUCAUCAGUUUGUAGAUUGCUAACUAAAUGAUGACUUCUUUAGAACCG